UAUCUCAAACUCUCUUUCACCCCCAGAGGUUUAAAUAUUUUCUCAAUUAAAAUCCAGGGAGAAAAUGUUUUGUACACGUAAGAGAAUACAAUUUGAAAAGGACAGACGUUCUUGAAUGUGUAGGAUAAAAGUGUUGGAAAUCCUGUCGAGUAGGGUUUUAUGCAAUUCUUAAUUAAAUAGAAAGAAUUACGGAAAGUUAACCAUUAAUUCUUCAAUAGGCUGGUGAUACGGAUGAAGCACAACUGACUUAACGAGGAAAAACAUGUCAGAUUCGAAAAGGAAAUCUGGAAGGACGUCGAAAGACCCGGGGAAAGUAUCGCCUAGAAAAGAAAAUGGAGAAACUCAAAAGCCGGGAAGGCGAUCGGUAAGUUUACCACCAAUCAAGAAAGAGAGAACACCGAGGUCAGAUAGCCGGGUUACUGGAUGGCAUAAGCGGACAAGGAGUCUGGAGCCCUCAGCAGACGACAACAGGAAAAGACAAUCGAGAAACACACACGGCCGAUUCACGCCCCAAACGACGACACAGCAAGAUGUAUGGACCAUCUACAACGCUAAACCAAGACUUGUUACCCCUUACCGCCCGGAAAGCUCGUUAUCCAUGGGAAAAGCUCGGACCUCCCGACCCAAUAGUAGCAGCUCUCGGAUUUCGGAAUGGCGUAAGGAUACUGAGGCGGCUUACGAUACCGUCAGUCAAAGAAAUUUGCGAGCUAACAAUCUUGUGAAGAAAUUUGUUACAAUCACCUCCAAAUUCGAUCGGGAAGCCGAGAAGAACAAGAGAGAACGCGAACGCAAAAAUAGAGAGGCACGUGAAAAGUUUAUGAAGGACUUGAAGGAAAGAAGGAGGGAGUUUGCUAUGAAGAAUUAUAAGCGUGUAGACCAACAAUUUGUUACGCCAAAGGUUUUGGAAUACGAAAAGGACCGUAGAAACAGUUACGGUCUUCCACAGAAUCUAUUAAUCGACGUUGAUUACCCCAAGGUAAAAAAGAAACCUAAUUCGUCAAAGACUUCAACUCAGAAACACUCACAGCUUCCCCCGAGUACUAAGUAUGGACUUAAAACGGACGAGAAAUCUCAACAGGCCAAAACCAACUCACCUCGAAGGUCACACGACCGUUCUCCAAGUCGUCAGAAAAAUUACCAGGAACUUUAUAAAAUAUAUUGUCUCCCUGGCAACAGUCGGAUCAAGGAUUGGACCAAAGAGGGAAACGCAAGUCUUGCAAUCGCUUACAGCAGACGAUCGAAUCACGCAGAUAAAGCGCGACCAAGUCUUCUUCCGUCACUAAGGAUGGAUGCCUACAAGUCCCCGUAUGCAAACAGCAAUUACAGAUCACACAGGACUGUGCAAGCUUACUGAGGGAGACCACUCUAAAUUGUUGUCGAAUUUUUUUUUUAAAUUUUUUUUUAUGGCCGAUGAUGAAAGUUUCGUAAAAUCAUAUUUUCGUUCAUGUAUUGCCAUAGGAAGUAAAAUAUCAUCAUGCGCUGAUAUAAGCGGCCAUGCACCCAAAUGUACUUUCAUUUCUUUACAUUUCACUGGAUGUAUUGCUUUAGCUAGUCUAAUUAUGUAUGGAAAACAAUUCUGUGAUAUACGUUUUGAUUUACUAUUGUUAAAAACAUGAUGAAUAAUAAAGUAUAUUCCAAUGUUAGAUGCGGUUGUCUCUUCAGUAAUAAAUUUUUGUAUUCAUAGGACAAAGUUUCAAUUGACAGAUAAAUGUUUUAUGUGCUUACCAAUUGAUAUCAUUAAUCAACUGAUAUUUAAAGUAGUGUGCUGCCUACCCACGCAAAUAACAACGUGAAAACAAUCAAACCCAGCAAAUGACAUCCGUACUAUUCUAUACCAUUGUAUAUCAGAAUGAGCUUCCUUUCUCUUUAAAUGUCGUCUUCAGUUUUUAUAACACCAACGGCAUUGUUUUUAUUGGGGUUCAUCGUUCGGAUCUGGACACCUUUGGGCGUGUCCAAGAGAUAGAGCGCGGAUUACCACUGGCACGUCACAAUUUGUUUAUUUUUAAGGUAGAACAGCUACCAGUGUUUAGAAGUUGCAGGCAUCGAUUUUUUCCAUAAAGGUCCUGGCAAAAGUCUUGCAAUAAAUGAAAAAUGUGACACCAACGGUGUGAGUUAAACGGUGGUUUUCCUAAAGAGUAAAAAAAGGCCCAAUUUGCCUUCAUUAUACCAAAAUAUAUACUAUUUCUCUUAUCCU